CCGGAUGGAAAUCCAACGCCAUCUUUAUUCUCGUUCUACCGGUGGAGUGGGAACACCGCUCCAGUUGCUAUCGGUGCUCUAGCAGGACCUGCUGGCUAAUAGUGUCAAACAUCGCCAAUCUACUGCUCAUAUUCUCUACUUAAUAUCGCCACUAUAGGAACAUACCAACAUGGGUGAUCGAGAGGAGUUAGUUUAUCAGGCCAAACUUGCCGAACAGGCAGAGAGAUACGAUGAAAUGGUCGAGUCAAUGAAGAAUGUAGCUGGAAUGGAGGUGGAGCUAACAGUCGAGGAGAGAAAUCUUCUAUCAGUGGCCUACAAGAAUGUUAUAGGGGCAAGGAGAGCGUCCUGGAGGAUAAUCAGCAGUAUUGAGCAGAAGGAGGAGAGUAAAGGCGGGGAAGUCAAAUUGAAAAUGAUCCGGGAGUACAGGCAAACGGUUGAAAAUGAGCUAAAAUCAAUCUGUAAUGAUAUCCUGGAUGUGUUGGAGAAAUACCUCAUUCCAGCGUCAAGUUCAGGGGAGUCCAAGGUCUUCUACUACAAAAUGAAAGGUGACUACCACCGGUAUCUGGCAGAGUUUGCUACAGGAAAUGACAGGAAGGAGGCAGCAGAAAACAGUUUAGUAGCUUACAAAGCUGCUAGUGAUAUAGCUAUGACUGAACUCCCACCCACCCACCCAAUUCGUCUGGGUCUUGCACUUAACUUCUCGGUAUUUUACUAUGAAAUUCUGAACUCUCCUGACCGGGCAUGCAGGUUGGCAAAAGCAGCAUUUGAUGAUGCUAUUGCAGAAUUGGACACAUUGAGUGAAGAGAGCUACAAGGAUUCCACACUCAUCAUGCAGUUGUUACGUGACAACCUGACACUAUGGACUUCAGACAUGCAGGGAGAUGGAGAGGAACAGAACAAAGAAGCGCUGCAAGAUGUGGAGGAUGAAAAUCAGUGAGAAAUCACAGCCAAUGUUAGACUCCACCCACCCACCCACCCUACCCCAGUUUUCCCCCUCAGUGUCACAGAAGGGACACAAAGCCCACCCUCGAGUGGUACUUGUCAACAGCUCAAUGCCUCCAGGGCCUUCACUGUUACCCCAUCCACCCCCCACCACCCCUUUUUUUUUUUUCAUUUCAAGUUUUUUUGGUUUUUAUAAUUUUUUUUUUUUUUUUUUUUUUUUUGAUAUUCCACCCAUUAUUCAACACAGAAUACCACUCUCCGAAAAAAAUAAACAUUGUCAGUUAGGUGUCCCCGUUUCCCCCUUUAUUUCUGGUACAAUUUUUUUUAUGUUUUUUUGCUUUUCCUCAACAUUUUUAUCGGUUGCUGGAUAUGUUUAUUUUUUGUCUUUUUUUUUCUUUUCUUUUUUUUCUUAAUAUAAUAUUAAAGAAAAUGAACUUUUAUUACUUAUGUCUACUAUCAUUAGUUGUGGGAGCUGUAAUAUGUCUGUGAUAGUGCAAACAUCAGAUGCAACUUUAAAAAGAAUCAUUAAACCUUUAAAAGGGCAAGUCUGAACAAAGUGCUCUUUCUGUGGUAAAACAAGUCACUCAGAGGAAGUUGGCAAAAUUCUUGAUAUCCAUGUGGAGCAAAUGCUUAACAUUUAUACCGUAGAAGUCAUGUAGUAGUGUUUGCCGUGUUCUGGACUGUUCGUUGUGCUAAAUACUGUAUCACACAGAAAUGCUGAGUUCAGAAAAUGGCUGCUGUCAGCUCAAAAAAGGAAAUGGGGCCUUGUUGCUUUUAAGUCUCAGAAGAAGAAAAAAAAUGCGGGUGUCCAUUGGCUGUUGGGAAUGAGUAAGCACCAAGAUGAUUGAUUUUAAACCUGCAUGAGGAUAGACACGUUUUUUUUUCUCUCUUCUGUCCCCCCCUCAUUUAUAUAGCUGAUUCUCUCCUCUUCUUUUUUUUUCUCUCUUCUUUUUCAUGUUUAACUUGAAGCUCAUUUGUACUACUGGAUAUCUGACUGGAGCCACAGAUAUAGAAUCUGUAUUGUUCUUACUGAGACACAGCAUGGAAUUAACAUUUAAACUUAAAAUAAAAAUGAAAAACCUUA